CUGCUAUUUGCAAAACGUAAACAAAGUAGCCCUGUGUAGGGAUUCCCAUUGAAUCCCGGCCCAUUUAACAAUUUUUAAUGUUCCAGCACCGCUUAAUUGCUGCGUUUUCCACAAAAUUACAAACAACAUAGUAACCUGUUUGCAGGGAACACGUUCUUCUUCUAGUGCUUGUAUCCCUUUUAUGCUGAUGAUAUGUCUUGUUCAGUCUGUUCAAGCCAGGAUGGUUCUACCACAAACACUCCAAGUGAGUUAGACAGUCAGCUGUCAUCGGAGAGGGAGUGUGCUAGAUCUCCCACAUUAAUGAAGCAGGACUCCAUCUCAGAUCAGCAGGCAGAAUCCUCUUCUUCGCUGUCUUCCUCCUCCUCGUCACCCACGUGCUGCAAAGAAGAGAAAGUGGAGAUGACCUGCACGGUCCAGGAUUGCGGGAAGUCAGCCUACAAGUCGCGCCGGUACCAGCUGCUGCCAUGGAAGUGCAAGUACCACCGGAAUAAGACCUACAAAGAGACCUACAAGAGGCGGAAAGCCCAGGCAAACCAGGAUUUGUUUAAUGUGGAAGGGAAGAGCACGGGUCUUGACAUGCAAGGGGACAGGUUCGGAGCAACAACCAGACAAAGACAGGGGGAGCAGGUCUCCAUGCUGGAACAGGUGCUGAAUGAGAAAAAGAUGGCUUUGAUGCAAUCCCCCGUUGUCCUGGAAUUCCUACAGAAACAGCAACAGAGGAAACACCACCAGCAGAAACACCAGCAGAAGAGCUGGGGGCUACAGCAAAUCCGUGGCCGAGGCCAACCCUCGCACCGCUGACGGACACGCUCACUCAUGUCAGUUGAGUGUUUUGAGUCAGGUCAGAAAACCUGUGCUGGAAUGCGGCUGUCGCCUCCUCUGUGCCGUUGCACUUUGGGGGGGGAGUGUCAACCAGUGUGUUACAACAGAUAUUAGGUGUUGUGUGACAGUCCACCUACGGGGUCUUGGCCUUACAGAUGUUUAACCUCGGAAGUGAAAAACCUCAAACAGGAAACAAUGUUUCUGUUAUCAAGGAAACGGUUCACUACCCAUGCGAGUCAUGGAGCAUGUCAUGUUGCAUGCUUAAAGUAUGUUCAGUUGAAGAAAUUUUAGACAUGGAAUGUAUGGUGUUGGACCGAAUCAAAUCUCAACUUUGAUAAAAAACUGCAACUACAGUACGUGCAAUAAGCAAAUUGGACCAAAUGCUUAACACAUUGCUCUAAACUUCUAGACCUAGGGUUAGCGUGUGGACUAGUGGGCCAUUUAAGGUGAGGUUUUCAAAUGCAUCUCCGAACUUUAAAGCAGUGUAAUUGCCGUCAUCCAGGUUUCACUACAUGUAUGUUUUGAAGAUGUGGUAAAACCUUUUUUUGGGGGGGGGUAUUUAUCAUCAAAGUGAUGGGGGGGAAUCAGUACCACCCCUUCAUCCACAGCCCGUCAUUAAAAGGAAAUAAAAAAACUACUGUGUUAAUAUCUUGGGCUUUCAAUUAAUAUAAUUUAUGACAAAGAUAAAACAUACAAGUAGACGUCUAUGUCCAUAAAUACUAUGCUUACUCACUUGGUUUCAAUAAGCCAAGCAGUUUUCAAUGGUUUUUAGGCUUAGAUUUCUUGUUGGAGCUCAUAAGAUGUAUUUCAUGAGUAUUUCAGUACCUCAACUCUCAUGAUCAAGGGAGUUGAUGGGUAACAUAUCUGGCAAUUGAAUUAAUGGAAAUUUGGAAAUUGUACAUCUUGACCAAAUAUUUGGACCAAAACUGUUCACUGUGAAGAAUGCUGCAACACAUGUUUGUGUGAAUGAAAGGUGAACGUUAUAUUUCAGACUUAUUCAGAUUACAUUUGUCAAGUUUCUACAGUUGUUUUGCAAGUUGUGAUCAAGUGUUUGUCAUUUAAUCAAAUAACUCUCUUUAAGAUUUUGAUUUUGAAACGGUUUUUGCCCUUAUUAAAUUUAAUGUCGUCUGUAUGACUGUCCAUUAUUUUGUUGCUUGGUUUGAUCCAUUAUCUUGUGAGAAAUGAGCAUUCAGAAUAUAACAUAAACUGUAUUUAUCUCGAAUAA